GCCUUCUCUUCGUCGCACCGCUUCGUCUCCUUCAGUUCGCCUUGCCCCGUAUUCCUACUUGAGUCCACAGGUAGCUCGCGGUCACGGACACAGACGUUCGUCCGGUUCAGAGACCAGCAACAGGCGGGUCCUUGCCGACAUUGAGUGGUGGAAAGUUACAGAUGGUCAGUGCGACACCAACGUUGACCAGGAGUCGGAGGACUCUACCCGCGACGACGAAGACAACGUCGCAGGCACAAUCGCUGUCAGCACUGAGCUAGGUGUUGAGCACCAUUCUACUCAAAUCCUUUUAUCCAUUUCAAUGAGCUCGCCAGAGGACAUACCAACCGACGAGUUCGCAGCACUUUCAAUUACCCCACACACGCCUACACGCCGGCAAUUUACGGCUGAAUCGUCUUCCUCUUCGCUGGAGUCGAGCCCUGUGUCGACGGUGAUUGCCCUCGACGCUCCCCGCAUCACACUGUCAGACAUGGACUUUGGUCUCUUCGAUGGUUCACUCCUUCCACCCACCGUCCAGCGGUCCCACCGUUAUAGUGCUCCAGGUCUCACGCGUUCUUAUACGUUUGCGAACUGUCUCUCCCUUCAAGAGGAACACGCCAGUUACUACGCUGACUUUAACGUCUCUCCUCUCUCCUCUUCGCCAGCCUUUCUCAAUUGAAGGCUAUUUAAUAGGGGAAGAGCUUAAGCAUCCUUCUAAAAUACCAGAGGAAGCGACUUCUGGUUUAGCUUCUCAACUUCUUCAUGCAUCACAUCUGUUCUAUGCAACCCAUCUACUGCAACGCCAUUUCAUCAGCAUCAUACACAUUCACACAACGUCCACACACAGCAUUCUACUACAUUCAGGCCUUGUCCGUCGCCAUCCCUCAUCAUUUGAACAUUCAAUUCCAAAACCUCUGCAUUUUCUUCUUUUUAUUCAUCAUUGCUUCCAAUUUCUUGAUUUAUAUCUCACUUCAUUGCAUUGUCGCACGACAACUUAUGACCUUUCCGUUCACAAAAGUUUGA